AUGGGUGCAGCUCCCGUUUCUUUCCUUGAAUCAGCCAUUCCUUUACUAUUGUCUCAACGAGACUUGUUCGGCAGUAUUUGGAACAUCGGAAACUGGAAAGAGUUUCCGUUCAUGUCGUACGGCAAUAUGUCAUCCUCUAGCCAGAAGACUCACUUUAAAUUACUCCAGAGGUUCAAGCCUGACUACUCGCCGAGCGAGUUCAUUCAAUAUGAAUCCGAGAGGACCGGCAUGAGAGUAGUGGUCAUUGAUCAGAAAGGCCCCAAGGUGACUGGGUAUUUUGUCCUUGCCACAGAGAUUCUGGAUGAUUCGGGUGCCCCUCACACUCUGGAACACCUGUGUUUCAUGGGAUCGCGCAAUUAUAGAUACAAGGGAUUCUUAGAUAAGCUUGCUACGCGAGUGUAUUCUAACACAAACGCCUGGACAGCCACGGAUCACACAGCCUACACGCUGGAUACAGCGGGCUGGGAGGGGUUUUCUCAUAUCUUGCCUGUCUAUCUGGAGCAUGUGAUUGCACCUACUCUGACAGAUGAAGGCUGCUACACAGAAGUGCACCACAUAGACGGUUCCGGUAACGACGCAGGAGUCGUAUACUCGGAGAUGCAAGGAGUGCAAAACAACGCCGCUGAACUGAUUGACUUGACGGCUCGACGGCUGAUGUACCCGCCUGGCGUAGGCUUUCGUUAUGAGACUGGAGGCAUGAUGGAGCAGCUUCGUGUCCUCAGCGCGGAGAGGAUUCGCGCGUUUCAUCGUGAGAUGUACCAACCUCGUAACCUGUGUCUGAUCAUCACGGGUGAGGUGGACCAUGACAAUAUGCUAGAAACGCUUGACAAAUUCGAAGACACUAUCCUGGAUGUCAUUCCAAGUCCUGACUCGCCAUUCAGACGACCAUGGGUAGAUUCCAAGCAAGCUCCUCCAUUGGAGACAUCGAUUGUGAAGACUGUGGAGUUCCCCGAGGAGGACGAAUCUUUUGGUGAAAUAGAAAUCAGGUUUUUGGGUCCCGAUUGCACUGAUCCCGUACAAACCGGUGCUCUUAACGUCGCACUUUUGUACCUGGCUGGGUCGUCGGCUUCUCUUUUAGAGAACGUUCUUGUGGAAAAGGAACAGCUUGCCAGUGCUGUCUACUAUGCUACCGAAGAUCAUCCAAGUGUCGAAAUCCGAUUCACCCUGACCAGUGUUGAAACCGCCAAGCUCGCCCAGGUAGAGAAACGAUUCUUCGAGGUUCUCCAGGACGCUAUGAAGAAGGACCUGGACAUGAAGUAUCUGAAAGAAUGCAUCGACCGACAAAAGCGGACUUGGAAGUUUUCCACUGAGAACUCUGCUUCUUCUUUGGCAGAGUAUGUCAUUUCUGAUUUUCUUUUCGGAAAGAAAGAUGGCUCAACGCUGCUGGACGUUGCAACCCUGCAAGAGUACGACGUUUUGGAGAAGUGGAGUGAGGAUGAAUGGCGUAAUUUCAUCAAGAAGUGGCUUUCGGAUGCACCCCAUGUCACUAUACUUGGUGUGCCAUCAUUGAAGAUGUCUGAAACCUUGAAGAAAGAGGAAGAGGCCAGAGUUGCAGCUCAGAAGAAGCGACUCGGACCCGAGGGCCUGAAGGAAUUGGCCGACAAACUGGAGAAGGCAAAGGCUGAAAAUGAUAAAGAGAUUCCUCAAGAGAUGCUGGAAAAGUUCAAGAUUCCUGGUACUGAAUCUAUCCAUUUCGUGGAGACAACGACGGCCCGAUCCGGCUCUGCCUUGAGAGCCGGACGCGCGGAUAACAAGAUUCAGGAGUUGGUGGAUGCUGAUGGCUCGGAGCUGCCACUAUUCAUCCAUUUUGAACAUAUACCUAGUAGCUUCGUCCAGCUUUCACUUCUUAUCUCGGCUCAGUCGGUGCCAGUCCACCUUCGUCCCCUUCUGUCCGUGUAUACGGAGGCGUUCUUCAACCUACCCGUUCAACGGGAUGGGCAGACGAUCAAUUUCGAACAAGUUGUGGUUGAAUUGGAAAGGGAUACUGUUGGCUAUUCGAUGGAGGGUGCAAGAAGCCUGGGCAAUUCGGAGAUGUUGCGCAUCUCCUUCCAGGUUGAAAUAGAAAAGUAUAGCAGUGCAAUUGCCUGGCUUGAGGAGCUCUCCUGGAACUCAGUCUUUGAUGUGGAGAGACUGCGCGCGAUCACCAGUCGGCUCCUUGCUGAUGUGCCCGACGCCAAGCGUAGUGGUGAUGACAUGCUGGCAGCUGUGCAUGUCAUGGUUCACUACGCGGCUGAAUCCAUUGUGCGGGCGCGGAGCACCUUGGUCAAGGCGCGGUAUCUUAAGCGGAUCAAGCGACAAUUGGCUGAGCAACCCGAGGCCGUUGUUGCUCGCAUGGAAGAGAUCAGACAAGCUCUUUUCAAGUUUGAGAACAUGCGAGUUUUGGUCAUCGCAGACAUUGACAAAUUACCCAACCCAGUUUCGUCCUGGAAGCCGUUUGCUGAGCGACUCGGUGAUGUGACCCCUCUGAAGCCCGUCACCGUCCGCAGGGACUUGCUGAGCGAGGCAGGUCGCAACCUUGGUGGAAAGUCGUAUGUGGUUCCGAUGCCGACGAUUGACUCGUCCUUUGCCUACGCAACAGCUCGGGGUCUUGACUCGUACGAUCACCCCAAGCUCCCCGCUCUGCUGGUUGCCAUUGCGUAUAUGAACGCCGUCGAGGGUCCUCUUUGGGUUGCCGUCCGUGGCAAGGGCUUGGCUUACGGUACGAACUUCGCCUAUAAUAUCGACACCGGCUUUGUGAACUUUGAUGUAUAUCGGUCACCGAAUGCACACAAGGCAUUCGAGUCUAGUAAACAGAUUGUCGAAGACCACCUCUCCGGUGCAAUCCCCUUCGACCCCUUGAUGUUAGAGGGGGCUAUCAGCAGCAUUGUUGUCAGCUUCGCCAACGAGCAGUCGACCGUCGCCAGUGCGGCGCAAGGCAGCUUCAUUCGUCAGGUCAUUCGCAACUUGCCCAGCGACUACAAGGAAAAGACGCUCAAACAAGUGCGGGUCACUAGUGUUGAAGACGUCAAGGCAGCCUUGCGCGAAAUCAUCCUGCCGUUGUUCGCUCCGGACAAGGCGAACCUUGUUGUCACCUGUGCGCCUGUGCUUGAAGAGAAAUCGCUUCGAGUCAGCAGUCGGUCAACGCUGAUGAUUGAUGCAAUGCUACGGCUAGCAGCGAUGACAGCCAGAUGGUUGUUACUUCGUCGCCUAGUCAAUGUCAGCUUCGUUAUUCUCGCAUUGCUUUCGACGGUCCCCUCCGCCUCAGCGACGAAUUGCUAUACGCCUGACGGAACGAUAUCGAACGAUCGUCCAUGCAACGCGUCAGCCUCGGCCAGUGUCUGCUGUACACAGGGCUUCCUCUGCACUUCCAACCAGCUCUGCCAGCCCGCAGGCUGGUGGGAUGGCUCCGAGGCAAUCCCCUUCAGUUCAUCAGAGGGACCUGUACGGACAAAACGUGGGCUGCGCCUGAAUGCCAGGGACACUGUGUUGCAGGCCUCGUACUUGAAAUUCACCCUAGACGAACCCACCAUCACUGCGACGGCGGGUGUAGAACCUACCUCAACGGCGACAACCACGACAGAGUCCUCCAGGGAAACUUCCACGGCAUCAACAAGCAAAGGGACGUCGACAACAUCGUCGACAACAUCGUCGAUAACACCAGCCCCCACCACGAGCGCAGCCGCAAACUCAAACCAUUCGCACAGUUCAGGGUCAGACUCGACGACAACCAUAGCGAUCGGCGUCGGUGUCGGUGUCGGAGCAGGCGUUGUCAUCGUAGGAUGUCUGCUCGCGCUGUUUCUGGUGCGCUUGCGCCGGAAGAAGCGACUCGCAGCAGAGCAGAAUAAUUCCGCCUUCUUGCCGGGGUCUCAGAAUGGCCCCUUCGGUGUCUAUCCUCCGGUGGCUCGACCCCAGCAAUAUCCUUCAGAGCUGGACUCGCAGCAGCAGCAGCCGGCUGUGGCGGAGCUGGAUGGUGUCCACACGGGGAAGUACGAGGUGCGGUGA